AUGGAGAUAUUGACGGAACAAAACGCUGGUCUGCAGAAUAGCGAGUCAAAGAAGUCUUCCGAAACACUCGUGGCUCUGUCGAUCUUACAUUUAAUUCGAUUUUUCGACACUUUUGACCCGAAAAAUGAAUCAUCCCCGGAAUACCUAUCCAGUGAGACAGAAACAGAGGAAAGCAAGGAGCCAGAGGGCCCAUUGGAUCAGGACACAAAGGAACCCCAGGAGCAAAUACAACAAUCAAAGGAGUCAAAUUCUGAGCAGAUUUCAGAAACAGAGAAGGUGGCUGAUUCAGAACAAACAGUUGAGACAAAGAUCGAGAAGACUGAGCAAGAAGGUGGAAGUAUCAACAAUGAAAACUGUGAGGUCAAUGAAGAAAACGACAAAAAUAAUCAACCUAUUGCAUUACUAACCGAGAAUUUCCGACCCAGAUCACCGGUCAACCCCACAUCUGGACUGUCAAAAUCAAAAAAUUCACGGAGCUUCUCUUUAGGUACCUUUCAAGCACGACAAUGGAUCAAGAGGUCGGCGUCAGUAUUUUUUCCAGAGCUGAGAGCACGAGAAAAAGAGGGGAAUCAACAUGAUGAUAAAGCCUACAAUAAAAAUAGGCGUAAUGAAAAUAAUAACCAAAUUCUACCAAGUCAUUUUCAUCACUCUUCCACCGAAACCCAAGCCAAGAGGAUUUCAUCAACACUAUUCACCCGCAAACACAAUUCCGAGACGGAACUAGAAAACAUGGUUUUUCUGCCCAAAACCCAUCGCCCAUUACCCCAAAAUUACCCCACUGUUGAAGAUGUAGAAGAUAUUGCCGAGGCUAGAACUGAGUACUCGGUACUUCCAGAUGAAUGGAGUGGGUAUAUGGAGCCCAUGAUGAAGUCCAGUGGAUGUUCUGCCAAGCCGAAAAAUAGGUGGGAAAGAUGGAAUUUUCCCACUUUUAAGAAAAGACUCCAGAAGAAGCUAAGGUCAAGUCUUGCAAGUGGAGCACGCAAGACUCGUACAUUGAGAGUCCGUUUCUUUCCACCACCAACUGAAGAGUCGCCCCAAGGAGACACGGAAACAUCGAAUGAAAAAAAUGAUAUAGGGAAAUAA